AUGUCUUCUUCAAACUUUUUAUUUUUCUCUUUAGCUCUACUAAUCAUCACUCUAUCCCCCAUACCAAAUUUCGCUUCUGCUUCUUUAAAGGAGGCAAAUGCACUUCUUAAAUGGAAAGCAAGCCUUACAAUCCCAAACAACUCCUUACUCUCUUCAUGGAUUCCCUUCCCUAUGAAUUCCAAUGCAUCAGUUCCAUGCAGUUCUUGGUUUGGAGUAGUUUGCAACGCUGAUGGGAGCAUUCACAAGUUGAACCUCAGUUCAUCUGGCUUAAAAGGUUCACUCCACCAAUUUUCAUUCUCUUUACUAUACAAUCUUACACAUUUUGAUCUCGCUAUGAACAACUUCUUUGGCCCCAUCCCUCCAGAAAUAAGACUCUUGUCCAAACUUGUCUAUCUUGAUUUUUCAAAGAAUAAGUUUUCUGGAGUAAUCCCACCUGAAAUAGGAAACCUGCACAGGCUAACCAACUUGUACCUAGACUCAAACAAUAUAUAUGGCCUAAUUCCUUCAUCAUUGGGUGAUUUGACAUCUUUGAAUUUCCUUUAUUUAAGACAAAAUCAACUCUCUGGUCCUAUUCCUAUUGAACUUGGGAACUUGACAUCUGUCACUACUCUUGAUGCGAGCAACAAUCAACUUAGUGGUUCUAUUCCUUCAUCAUUGGGUGAUUUGACAUCCUUAAAUGUCCUUUUUUUGUACACAAAUCAACUCUCUGGUCCCAUUCCUAUUGAACUUGGGAAUUUGAAGUUUGUCACCGAUCUUGUGGUGAGCGACAAUAAACUUAGUGGUUCUAUUCCUUCAUCAUUGGGAGAUUUGACAUCUUUGAAUUCCCUUCAUUUAAGUCAAAAUCAACUCUCUGGUCCUAUUCCUAUUGAACUUGGGAACUUGACAUUUCUCACUACUCUUGAUGUGAGCAACAAUCAACUUAGUGGUCCUAUUCCUUCAUCAUUGGGUGAUUUGAUAUUUUUGAAAAUCCUUUAUUUCUACAAAAAUCAACUCUCUGGUCCCAUUCCGAUCAAACUUGGGAAUUUGAAGUCUGUCACCGAUCUUGUGGUGAGCGACAAUAAACUUAGUGGUUCUAUUCCUUCAUCAUUGGGAAAUUUGACAACUUUGAAUUUCCUUUAUUUGCACCACAAUCAACUCUCCGGCCCCAUUCCUAUUGAAUUUGGGAAUUUGAUGUUUCUCACUGACCUUCAUAUGAGCAGCAAUACACUUAUUGGUUCUAUUCCUUCAUCAUUGGGUGAUUUGACAUAUUUGAAUUUCCUUUAUCUAAGAGAAAAUCAACUCUCUGGUUCCAUUCCUAUUGCACUUGGGAAUUUGAAGUCUCUAAUUAAGCUUGAUGUAAGCAACAAUCAACUUAGCGGUUCUAUUCCUUCACUACUAGCAAACCUCAGCAACCUACAGCUUCUGUCUUUUCGUGUGAAUAAAUUAUCUGGUUCAGUUCCACAAGGAUUGGGAAGUCUACAUUCGCUUGAGCUGUCACAUAAUCAUUUUUCUGGUCAUUUGCCUGAAGAUUUGUGUCAUGGGGGAAAGCUUCGACAUCUUUCAGUAGCUGGUAAUCAUCUCACUGGCCCUAUUUCAGGAGGCUUACGGAAUUGUCCUAGCUUAAUUAGGGCUCGUUUUGACCAAAAUCAAUUCAUUGGAGUUAUAUCCAAUAGCUUUGGCAUCUAUCCACGCUUAAAAUUUCUUGAUAUCAGUCACAAUAAUUUUCACGGGCAGCUUUCUCAAAACUGGAGUAAAUGCAAGAAUUUGACAUCCUUAGUGAUGGCCAAUAACAAUAUCAGUGGUAACAUACCACCAGAGUUUGGAAAUUCGACUCAACUACAAAGGCUUGAUCUUUCUUCCAAUCACAUGGUAGGUGAAAUCCCAAAGGAGUUUGGGAAGAUGAAAAGUAUGUUGAAUUUGUUUUUGGCUAAUAACCAACUUUCAGGUAUUAUUCCUCCAGAGCUCGGAUCUUGUGAUCUCCUUGAAGUAUUCGAUCUAUCCACAAAUAGAUUGAAUGGGUCAAUACCAAGAAGUAUUAGUCAAUGGGAACAUAUCCACUACUUGAAUCUUAGUAAUAACAAGCUCAGUGAGAAAAUUCCAUCUGAUAUUGGUAAAUUAGUUCAUCUUACGGAACUUGAUUUAUCUCAGAAUUUGCUCACAAAUGAGAUACCAUCUGAAGUUCAAAGUUUGAAAAUUUUGAAAAUACUCGAUCUUUCCCACAAUAGACUGUCUGGUUCCAUUCCUAAUGCUUUUACAAGUUUGCCCAGUGGGAUUGAUAUCGACCUGUCCAACAAUGAGCUCACAGGUCCAGUUCCCCUUUCCUCUAACUUUGUGAACGCGUCCUUACAAGGCAAUCCAGGUUUGUGUGGAAAUUUUACAGGACUAAAAUUUUGUGCAAAUCAAAUCUCAGAGAAGAAAAAUGAUCCCUUUCAUCAUCAACUCAUACUUGUAAUUAUGCUCCCUCUUAUCGGGGCAAUUUUACUUGGUUUUUUCAUGUGUGGCCUCAUUGCUUAUCGAAAACAAAAGAGACAUUCUCCACAGAAACCAUUGGACAAAGAAGGUGGUGAUUAUUUCUCCAUAACAAGUUUCGAUGGAGGAGUAGCAUAUGAUGACAUCUUGAAAGCAACGAAUAAUUUUGAUGAAGCAUACUCCAUUGGGACUGGAGGAUAUGGGACUGUGUACAAAGCCGAGCUACAACCUAACAAUUUGGUAGCUGUCAAGAAACUUCAUUCAUCAUCAUCUGAGAAUGUUGAUCAUAAUGGUUUCCUUAAUGAGGUACGAGCAUUAACAAACAUAAGGCAUCGAAACAUAGUGAAACUUUAUGGAUAUUGUUCACAUGCCCGCCACUCAUUUUUGAUUUAUGAAUACCUUGAAAAGGGAAGCCUUGGAUCAAUCUUAAGAAGUGAUGUCUUAGCAAAAGAAGUUGAUUGGUUGAAAAGGGUCAAUAUUGUAAAGGCUGUAGCUAAUGGUUUGGCUUAUAUGCAUCACGAUUGCACACCUCCUAUAAUUCAUAGAGACAUUUCCAUUGCCAACAUCCUUCUUGAUUCUGAUUAUGAGGCACAUAUUUCUGAUUUUGGCACUUCCAAGCUUCUAAAGCUAGACUCAUCCAAUUGGACUGCAAUUGCUGGGACCUAUGGUUAUAUCGCACCAGAGCUUGCUUAUACGAUGGUGGCAACCGAGAAAUGUGAUGUGUAUAGCUUUGGGAUUGUUGCAGUAGAAGUGAUCAUAGGAAAGCAUCCUGGUGAACUGCCAACAUUGUCUGCUGAUUAUCUGGUGUUGGCAAAUGUUGGAGAUAGUCGGAUUCCACUUCCUUCACCACAAGUUGAGAAACAAGUAAAUUUAGUACUCAAUAUCGCAAGAGCAUGUUUGAACUCAAAUCCAAAAGAAAGGCCAAUAAUGCGCCAAGUUUCAAAUAUGUUCAUGAAGGAUCUGCUUUGAAUUGACAUCUCUGGUUGCCUGAUACUGUGUACUUCCAAUGUGUAAUUUUCUUAAGUUUCUUAUGAUGCAUCCUGAUUAUAUGUAUUAGUUUGAAUGCCUAAUGGUUAAAAACAUUUCAUAUGUUUUAUAGCACCCUGUAGUAUACCUAUAAU